AUGUAUAAAAUAUUCUACUCAGGUGGCAAGGCAGAUGCUUUCUGCCAGCUUGCAUUUUCCUUGUUCGAUGCUAAUCACGAUGGAGUGAUUGACUUCAAUGAAUUUCUCCUUGCUGUUGCUGCUACGUGUCACGGGGAUUUGAAUAAUCGACUCGAAGUGGUGUUCGAUAUAUGCGAUACCUCGGAUGACGGACACAUCGAUCAAAAAGAAUUGGCUAUUAUGAUUUCGGCUAUGUAUGACUUACUGGGCGAAACCGAUCGAAAAGGAGAUCGUGAUCCUGAAAAACGUGCUUCAGAAAUCAUCAGUAAGCUAGAUGUCAGUGGAGAUAAAAAACUGAACAAGCACGAGUUCAUAGUUGGGUAUGUGUAUGAGAAUGAACUCAAACGUCAACUAAUCAUGUUCUUCUUUUAGAUGCACAAAAGAUCCCAUCAUCCGUCAUUUGCUGGCACCCAACGCUUGAAGGCCUUUUCCAUUAUUGAUAGAUAUUGUUUUUACUCUUUCUCUUCCCACGUAACACAGACAGAAUUUGAUUUUAACUUGCUCACUAUAAUCCCUUUUAUUUUAAUAAUCAAUAACAAGCACUAUACUACACUGCUGAAUCGAGAAUAGUGUGGGAUGGGGUGCGGGUGGAGUCUCUGUAAUUUCGCCAACAGUAUGUUCGCCAAUGGCGAACGCCCUCACGAAAUUCGCCAAUAAACAAUUUUUUACGAUUACGGUGUUCGCUAAUUGGCGAAAAGCUAGUAUGAAUUCGCCAGUAAAAAAAUUUUUGGGAUCACGGUUUUCGUCAAUCGGGGAAUUUCUUGGGGGUAUUCGCCAAUUGUGAUCACUGAAGUUAUGACUCAACUGAAUUUAUAGUGUGAACGAUAUUGCGUAUUUAAACGGGAUGUGGAUGUGAAUGAGCGCGUGAGCGUUAGUGUGGAACAAGAGAAACAAUCAUUGUUACCCCCCAUCCACACCCACACACGAACACAGGCUUUUCUCUCUAACUAUAUCGUGAUCAAUCAGGUGUGGUCAAGUGCGAGAGAUAUUUGCAACGUAAGAAGUAAAUGUACACAGAGGGCAUUGUGUUUCGGUUCGAUCUAGGGUGUGGGUGUGGGUGUGUAUAAGUUACCACGAUAACCUAAUUUAGGAUUAUUUCAGAUGUUUCUAAGUCAAACUUAUCAAGUGGCCUUAGUACCAGUUUAAUGUGAUCCAAAACCGAAUGGGUGUGGGUAUCGGUGGAUGUGGGUGUGUGGGUAUGGGUGGGCGUGGGUGUGUAUAUAAGAUGAUUCCAAGCUACUUACGACGAUCGUUUCGAAUGGGGCUAAAUCCAUUCAUCAUCAGGUAAAUUCGGAAUAGUUUAAAUCUGCAUUGGAAAAGAUCGAAUCUCAAAUAAGAUGAAGCUAAAAGGAGUCAAAGACUCACUCAUUAACAUUCAAAAUACACUUAUUUUUCCGAAAAGACGUACGGGGCCUAUAGUGAUUAUCCAGAAUGAUAGGCCUUCAGAGGUGGCGCCUUAAAGAGUGCAUAUAUUUUACAUUUUUUAAAAUUAGAUAUGGUCUUACUUUUCCUCCUUGAAAUUCAUGUGAUGAUGAGUGAGAUCAUCUUGCUCAUAUCUAGUAUUGGUACUCUAUUCUCUCGCACUCAAUUACAACUUUUUGGACAAAAUCUUCUAAUAAUUUGGUGGCUCAAAAUAUCAAUAUCUUCAGCUUCAUGGAUUUUGUUUUAGUUUUGCUUAUUAUUUAGGUAAUCAUGAAAAAUUGAUAAAAGUCAUUACCAACUUACACUAAUCGAUAGAACAGAGAAGCUACUCUACAAAAUUCUAUAUUUUAUUUACAUUAUUGUGUAUGUGAACAAAAAAAGAGUAUUCAGUAGCAUAUGUGAAAGCAACUAUUUUUUACUCUAUCUAUUUCAUGUACUGUCAUUUUAAUUAUUUGUUUCUUUAGGUUGUAUGAGUUCUGUCUUGAGUAAUACUGAUAUUUUGACUUUCUGAUUGAAACAGCCGCAAUAAAGGCAUUUUCAUUUUUUUUCUCAUAAAAUUCCUUAAUCC